GCUGAGCUCCUCUGAGGGGAAUUUAAGCGGCGGAGGGAGGCAGUUAUUACUCAACACCAGCCGAAGAGGAGGCUUCUUCACGACUGAAAAGAAAAGAGGGGCUUUUUGACUUUUGUUUGCGCGAAAAAAGACUAAAGGAUGAAACUGCUUCUGAUUCUGCUCUUCUCCUGCCUCGCUUUAAUAAACGUAAAGGGAGCGCCCAGGACAGCUGUAUAUAAGUUUGUGCGAUGUAAUCCCAACGGGGACCAGACGAACUGUGUGGUUCAACAGACUCCUGAGAUGCCAUGGAGCCCAGAGCUACCUUCGAAGCUGCCCUCCUCCACUGCACAGUAUCUAGAGGCAGAACCUGUGGAAGAUGAAAGUCCACCAAGUGAGGAGGAAGACGACUAUCAAGUUGAGAUGGAAGAGGAGGAAACGCCAAUGGAGAGUGAAGACGGAGAGUCACCUUCAGUGACUGAAGAAAGUUUGGGGAGUUUUGAAGGUUCUUCAGAAGGGGCAGACCUGGCAACUGCAGCCGAAAUUGACAUCGGCUCUGGAGACUUUGCUACAGAGACAGCUGAGCUCAAAGAUGGAGGUAUGAGCACAAUGAAGAGAUUUUUUUCAAGCAGGAAGGCGGUGAAACCUUCAAAGACAGACCUGGAAGAAGACCACCUUCUGAAGAUAUAAACUCUUUCAAAAGGCUGAGAUCUAUUUAAACUGUACAACUUGUCAGUUAGCAAAACUUAUAUCUCCACCUGCUGGGAAAAACCCGGUCACACAAGGCUACAAAUUCUUAUUGGAAUUUUCUGCAUAUCGUUUGGAAACAACUUUUUUUAAGUUAAUAUAAAAAUGUGGCAUUAUAAAAUCAAAUAUAUAAAAGGAAUGAAAGGUCAGAAUUACUGUGAUUUGAUUUACCAUACUUACCCAUGACCAGUAUUCUUAUUGUUUACCAUUUUAUGUGUGAAGCAUUUAAAAAAAAAUACUUUGUAGCAUAAAUUGAAUUUCAAAUUAUAGUAUUAUUUGUGCAAUAAAAUAUAUAUCUUUGUCUGUGCUUAGCUUGCUUAGUGCAGCUUAAAGCUGUUUUGAUUUGCAGGUUACACAAGAGCUUCUUUAUAUUACGGCAUCCCCUUUUCUUACAUCUUGUGACUUUUUACAUGAAGAGGAAAUGUUGCAUAGUCGUGUCACAAGACUUGAUGUGUGGCACAAAUACCCAAAAGACUGCUACUCAAUCAUUGUGAACUAUGAACAAAGUGUGUAAAAUGACAAUGAAUGCAUUUUACACGUGCAUUUGAAACAUUUAUACCAAUAAACAGUUUUACAAAAUA